AUGGAAGAAAAGGCUCUUUAUAGCCAAACUAGUAUAUUCUUAGCCAUCGAAAUGCUUUCUAUCAUAUCCAAGAUUCGCAAUAAUGAGUUUAUAAUUGAAAAUCUAGAACAAUAUAUCAAUGUUACUCAUGUUACUGUUAUUGCUGCUGGAGAUCUUAAUCGAGAAUUUGAACCUGGGGAAAUUUCUAUUAGUAUUCCACAUUGUAUGUUUUUCAUAACAGUAAAGUGUGAAGCAAGGAAUAUGAGAGAUAUGACUCACUUUGGAGCAGAUUGUUACCAAUAUAACUCAAUUACUAAAGAAUCAGAUUUUAAAGAACAAAAAAGAAAAGGAAAUAUGAAUGAAAAAACAGCAUAUGAUACUAAAUAUAUUCAAAAUAAAAAAGCAAAAAAAACUUUUAUAGAAAAUGAGAGCAGUGUUGAAGAUGAAGAAAAAGAACCUAGUGACAAAGAUAAAAUUUAG